UAAAAAAUACCCUAUUGGAACCUAAAAACAUUAUUAAAUACCUUAUCUUUUAACUAAAAAUUGAUCUGUGUUUAAAUUUUAGGAACAGUAAUAAAAGCCGCCAGUAUGGGGCAAAUGAUGGGAUCAUAUAACGCUCGAAAUGUAGACCUUUAUAUGGACGAUAAUCCCACAUUUAAUCACCAGGAUGGAUUUUCUUUCAACAGAAAACAACGAGAAAUGAUAGCAAAGGAAGAGGACUUGGUCUCGGCUAGAAUCCCACCAAAAUAUCGUGAUUAUUGUUCCCAUUAUUUGCUUGAAUACCAAGUAUGCCGUUACAAGAAUAUGCCAAUGUUGUAUAAAUGUGCUCAUGAAAAACAUGAUUAUUUAAAUUGUGAACAUCAAGAUUAUAUGCUUCGAAUGAAAGAAUUUGAACGUGAACGACGCCUGCGAUUGAGAGAGAACAGACUCGUCGGAGUUGCAUAAGUUUCAGCAUUGGAAACUAUAUAACAAUUUGUAAAUACAAAAUUAAAUAGAUUGUGGCAAAAAACA